AUGGUGUCCUGCAGCUACGAGCCGGGCUACAAGCUCUACCCCAAGUACUGGUGCCGCUCGGGCUUCCUCUAUCCUAUGACCCCCCAGUGCUGUGUGAGCAGUGGGCAGGGCAGGCAGGGAUGCUGGGCUCUGCGGGGCCCAGCGGAGGUGAGCGGCUUCCCGGGGGGGUCCGUGGAGGUACCCUGCGAGUACACGCCGGAGCUGGUGGAUGCCAAUAAGUACUGGUGCAGGGGCAGCAGCUGGCUUUUCUGCUCCAUCCUCGUUCAGACCACGGCCCCCGGGGACAGGGCAUGGGGGGACAGGGUCUCCCUGCAAGAUGACCCCACUCAGCACCUGUUCGUGGUGACCAUGGAGAACCUGACAGUGGAGGACGGGGAUCAGUACUGGUGUGGGAUCCAGCAGGCCUGGUAUGACCCCAUGUUCCCUGUCAUGGUGUCUGUUCUCCCAGUGCCCAAGACAACACACUAUGACCUCCACACGACACAGGGGGAAGAGGCCACAUCUGCUCCCACCUUCCCAUGGACUCCCCUGGAGCUGGAAAGCACCACGUCCACGCCAAAAGUCAGAAGCCUGGAGGCUGGCACCCCAAACCUGCUUGUCCUGGUCCUGACACCCUCCGCUGCACUGGUGCUGGUUUUGGUCAUCGUCAUCUGCCACAGGAGGAGAAGAGCAUCGCUGGAGAAGAGCAGAGGGGUCACUGCAAGCUGGGAGCGAGCAGCUGCUUCCAACAACAUCUACAUGAACAGGGAGUGGGAGCUCAGCUCGCCCGAGGAUGACUAUGAGAACAGCCCGGCCAAGUGGCAGGACUAUGAAAAGGGAGAUGAAGCUCCCAUUUCCAGAGCUCCAGAAGCCCAGCUGAUCUACAUGAACACGCGCUGA